AUGGGUGUAUCUGAUAGAAAAUCUCUUCCACUUCCCGCUCCCACCGAAACCGAGACUAAUACCACGCCCACCGACCUCACAUCAACGGCGGAUGUGGUGAACCCCGGCGACGAAAAGUCCUCAUACUCCAUCCCCGAAGACGGAACUCCCGUCACCAUUGCUACCCGUGGACACAAGGCUAGCAAAUCUCAGACCUCUUUGCUCAUCGAAUACUUCGAAGGAGGCAAGUCCACUGUCGGUUCAACAGGCGAGCGCCGUCCCAGCGUCCGUGUCCGCCUCACACCUUCCAAGAGAGGUCGAUCUGAUCAUCACAUCCAAGUCACCGAGAGCGCCCGUAACACCUCUGUGACUCGACGGAUACCUUUGGGCGAUUCUGAGUUUGACGCAGACGACGGUCAAAGCAUGGACUCUUACGCCUCCGCCACAGAAGAGUCUAACGUCUCGAGAAAUCCAAUUGACAUUGAGAUUGAUCGCAGUCAUAGACGUAGACGACCAGCCAGCCCUUUGAUUCCCUCAGAGACGUACGACGUCAACGCCUCAGAAAUCUCCGCCAUCCCAUCUGACAGCUUCCUUGACGGUACUGGUAACAACACCGACGCCAAGGCAGAAAGCCCAACAGGGACAAGGGAUAUGUCCACAGCCGCUGGUGCUCACGCAAUGGCGAGAGAUGCAGCAGAUGAGGUUAGAAAUCGUAAGAGUAGAACUAGAGAUAGGUCAAAGGUUUCCACAACACAUUCGUCGAGGGACAAGUCGAUAUCAGACAGAAAACGUCGACCGAAGAGCAGAACCAGCAGCGUUUCUGAGAGGACGGAGGAACCUAUUAAAACCCAUCGCCGUCGCUCCAGCAGAAGCCAACAACUGGAAUCCAAUGUGUCAGGUCUUGACUCGAAUGUCUCAGCAUCUCACCUGGCCCCUAGCCACCGCACACACGCAGCGCAUUCCUCACGAUCAGAUGUCUCUAAAUCAUCAAUCAACAAUCCAAAGCUGCUCGAAACUGUCGAAGACGCUAUUCGUCGACUAAUAUUACCCGAACUAAAUGCUCUCAAGCGGGAAACCAGCAAGAGAGAGGGUCGUCGGGACUCCUUCACUUCAUCCGGCACAUCACUUUCAAAAGACGAGUUGACACCCGACCGCCGGCGGUCGUCAGUUCAACGACAUGAAUCAAAGGAUAGGCGUAACAGAGAGGCUCGUCAUGUCCUCGAGGCUAACUCUGAUUUGAGCCAAGAUUCCGUCGAGGAUGAUUACCGCCAAUAUGAGAACGAUUCUGUUGCUCCCAAGCGUGACAUGGCUAAGGGGGCGGCGGCUAGUGCCGCUGCCGCCGGCUUCGCCUCAUCUAUUCUAUCUGAUAGCACACAAGGCGACCGAAAGCCAAGAGAGCGACGCCGCCGGAGAGCCGAAUCCACUCAUAGCCGUGCUAUGAGUCGUGAUCCUUAUGCGGACCAGUACGAAGAUGAUCACGUGGUCCCUCAGCCACCAAUGCCCCUCAUGAGUGAGAUCAAUCCUUCGGAAAUGACCAGGACUUCCAUCCGAUCUGCCGAUACCGACAGACCUCAGUCAGCCAGUGAAGAAAUCACCCCCAUCAAGAAUGUCCCUGGUGGAUAUGUCUCUGGAAACUCAACUCCUACACCAUCAGCGACGCCUUCAAAUAUCGACAACAGAUUAUCUACUUCGCACGCCAACGUAUCACAAGGUGACCUAAGAGCUCUUCCUAGAGGCCAGAAAGAUUACGUGGAGGAGUACGAACCGGACGAGUAUGGUCAGAAGCAUCCUCUUGAGCGCCAGGGUCAGUAUGAGGAAGAAGAUAUUUCUGACAAUGACUACCCCGAAGGUGGAUAUGACAACUCUUACUUCGCUACUCAGGAUGUUCCUCCCCCUCUGAAAUAUGUCCCUUACCAGGCUGGUGCCCGAGGUCUCAGCCCCAUUCCCAGCGUCUCUGGCUAUACCGAGGGAGGCAGCGAGUAUCAUCCUCGCAAUUCAAGGAGCAUGCACUCCACGAGCCCCGCCUACUAUGAGCAGUCUGGGGAUCGUCGUGACAGUCGAUCAACUCCCUCUCUCAACUCCUUGCAGCAGAGGGAACUUGAACACAUGUCUCCUCGCGAGUCUGGCAUGAACUACCGCAACUCUACCUAUACCGAUGACAGCGAGCUGGAAAAGGUUGCAGCUGGACAGGCUGUGCGCGGCAUCGCUGCCAACCCGAACGUCGUUCACCCUCCUAUGGGCCCAGAAUCAGCAGUUGCCUCCUUGAUUGACGGAUCUAUGCUUGAUCCUUCCAUGUUGAGUGCUGCUUACAGCGAUUACCCCGCUCACCGUGAUUCAGCACUGUCUUAUGACGAUCAGUCAAGAACCUACAGCAGCCGCGGUGCUAGCCCCGACAAGCAAUAUAUGGACGGCAGCGAGUUGGAGCCCGAGAGGCAUGCCACACCCAGUGCCAGGUCUAACAAGUCUCAAGAAUUCACCGAAUAUGAUCUUGACGACCAUGGCCGUAAGGUAGCUCGGGCAAGAUCUCCCACCGCUUCUGAAGUGGCUAUUGCGACUGGCGCUGUCGCAGCUCUUAAAGCCGCACAGGGCAAGAAGCAGUCGGCUACUGAGGAGCCAGAGGAAUACCAAGGCGCGGGCGUCUUCCGAAACAAGUCCUUCAAGGAGCGCACAUUGGAAGGCCACGAACCUCGCAACACUCCCGCGCAUAGCAUCGACCGUCUUUCCUACGAUGAUUCACCCAAGUUGGGCGCGAGUGGUUUGCCUGACUUUAACAAUCCCAUGCCCGAGUUUGGCUACAUAGAUGAUGAUGCUCAAACCAACCCUUCAGUCGUGCAAGACCGUCUAGACGGUGAGCAUCACGAUGAUGUUUCAGAGGGUCGAGUUACGCCUACGCCUCGAAAUGUCGCCGGACAGCGUGCUGAGAGUGCUGCCAGCCAAGACCAAGACGAGUGGCAGCGAUCCUCUGACGAUCGCAAGAGAGACACCCUUAUCACCAACCCAUACGAGGACACCAGCCCCGUUGCUAACCCAGCCCUGAACGACAACAUCAUGGCAGCUCGUGGCUUCGGAGCUCCAUACCAUACCGGCAGCCCUGGCUACAACCCUAAGUAUGACGAAGGUUACAUGUCCAAUGGCAACAAUCGAACCCCCGAUCUACAGCCCAACACCAAGGCUCUGCACAUGUCUCUGCCCGGAUCUCCCAAUGCUGCUAGCCAGGAUCCCUUCUACGCCCCUAAGGACGCCCGUCACAUGAGUGGCAUGUCUCAAGGCAUGGGCUCGCCCUUCUUCGAUGCGGCCACUGGCCAAGGAAUCGACCGUAUUGAGAACAAGGACAUCGUGUCUUUGAUGCAGCACCUCAUGGUUCGCGAUGCUCAGCGCUCUGCUCGAGACACCGAGAUUGUGGCACUACUUAUGAACUCAGCCAUCGAGAUGCGUUCUUCCAUGAACGAACUUAAGAACCUCGUCCAGGACACCAGCGACGAUGUCAUCUUUGCCGGCAGUGAAAACACCGAGAAGCUCCAAAAGGCUAUCAACGGCCCCCGCCCCUACCCUGGUGCCCGAUCAGUUCAGAGUAUUUCCCAGAUCGACACCUUCAACGAGGCUGCCGCAAAGAAGAACCUGUUCAAGCGAGCAUUCCAAGGUCUCAGCAACAAGGGUACUAGCGACUUCAAGCGCAUCGAGGAGAUUCUUAUGCAAAUUCUCGGCGAGGUCGAUGAUCUCAAGAUCCAGGGCACCGUUCAAGCUCCUUCCACCAGUGGUGGUCGUGGUCCCUCUUUUGACAACUUGCAGCCUGAGGGCCACUUCGAGCAAGACCGAGGCUAUGAGCCUGAAGGCAACUCAACAAUCACCCCCAGCCAAUCGGGACAUUUCUCUCUUUCCAACUCCAGAACUCGCCUAGCAGGCGAGCGCAAGUUCUCUGACAAUCGAAUCAGCACUGUGGCUGAGCAUGAGGAUGAAUACGAGCACGACCACCCUAGCCCAUCCGCUGAGCGUAGCAACCCCAACAUGCUGACGCCAGAGCGAUCGGGCUUCCAGCGCGGCAGCUCAGUUCCCCUUGACACUCCUCCCCAGCCCUCCAACGUUCCCCAGCCAAUGAGUAAUGAAAACACCCCUCGCACAACAGAGAAGAAGAAGAAGCACAAAUCUGGCCUUUCUGGCUGGUUUCCCAAGAUUUCUAGAUGGUCUGGAACGACGGCUUCCAGCCAAGGCAAGGGCAAAGAGGAAGUCAAGUACGACGACUACCCCCCCUCGCGUUCUGCUUCUAGCCUGGGCUCUUACAACGAUGGCGAUUACAGCCAUGGCCCCUACGAUGACCAACUUCCUGCUGGAUUUCAGCAACAAGAGCUUCCCACGGCACCCAGUGCUGCCCUGCCCGCACCUGUCCGACGUGAAAUCUCACGUACCCCAGGUGAUGCUCCUAAGUACAAGGUUCACCGAAACUCCUUGAACCUUCAACACCCCCAGCCUAGACAGGGCCAGACGGAGCGCUUCCGCAAUGCCUUGGAAUUCUCUGCUCAGGAGUACAAUGUCCCGAUGACACCCAGAUCCGCGGAUUGGGGUGGUUCGGUAUCCAGCUUCAAUCAGGCGGGCCAAAACACCAACCGAUACAGCCAGGCAUCAUCUACAGGUGCUCCCCAGGACCCAGCCUACUGGACAACAUCCCCAACUGGUCCUCCUCGACCUCCCAAGGAGCCCAUUGAGCCUACCGGCAGCCCUUCAGCUAUGUCUCCUCAACAAAGAGGCAGCCGUAUCUCGAAGCUGGCAAAGGGCAGCCCUGCACCACACCCAAGCGAUGAGAGUGGUUAUGCCACAAUGAGCGGUACCCAUUUCAGCAACUACACAAGCAGUCCCAAGCCUGAGAACCGCAACUUGAACGCUGCUUUGGGUGUUCCUACCCGCCGACCCAGUGGUCCUCGAGCCAUGACUCCCAAGAGCCCCGAGGAUGAAUCUCGCCGACGCAAGCGAGAAGACACGUUCGGUAGUGUUACCUCCCACAACACGGAUGAUACGGAGACCUUUUAG